AUGAUGCAGGUUUUCAGGGCGAAGAGCGUGAAUCUGUGCCGCUUAGCCACAUCCCGAUGCUUCUCCCUAUCUACGGGUCCUGCUACUGGCCCGCUUUCAGGACUGCGGAUCUUGGACCUGUCGAGGAUUCUCGCAGGCCCAUCGGCAACGAUGCUGAUGGCUGACAUGGGUGCGGAGGUUAUUAAGGUGGAAGCACCGAAAUCCGGUGAUGACACCAGGCGUUAUGCGCCACCCUUCCUGCAGAAAGGCCCCGGCGAGGAUUCAGACGUGGCGGCAUACUUCUCGAGCUGCAACAGGAACAAGUACAGCGUGGCGGUCGACUUCAAGACCAAGGAGGGCCAGGACGUCGUCAAGCACCUCCUGCAGAGCAGUGACGUUGUCAUCGAGAACUUCAAGGCUGGAGGCCUGGCCAAGUAUGGCUUGGGCUUCGACCAGCUCAAAGACGACUUCCCCCAAUUGAUCUAUUGCAGCAUUACCGGCUUCGGACACUCUGGACCGUACAGCAAAAGACCCGCCUACGACAUGUUGAUCCAGGCAAUGGGCGGCUCGAUGAGCUUGACUGGAGAACCCGACGGAGCGCCCAUGAAAACGGGGCUGUCUCUCUUCGACCUCACCGCAGGUCUUCAUGGAGUAAUUGGAAUUUUGGCAGCGCUGCACAACAAGCACGUUACGGGAUUGGGCCAGCACGUGGACAUCUCCAUGUUGGACGUGUCAGUGGCACUUCUUGCGAAUCAGGGAAUGAACUAUUUGGCAAAGAAGCAGCGACAAAAGCGCGUGGGCAACAACCACCCGAAUGUGGUGCCAUAUCAGGUCAUGCCAGCUAAGGAUGGUUACUUCAUCCUAACGGCAUCCAACAACGACCAGUUCGAGCGCUUCUGCAAGGUGGCCGGCCGCAUGGACCUCAUGGAAAACGAGAAGUUCAACACCAUGAAGGCCCGUGUCGUGCAUCGAGACGUGGUCACGCCGACGCUGAAUGAGAUUACUUCGCAACACCCGAAGCUUUGGUGGUUGGAGCAGUUGGAGAAGGAGAUGGUUGGCUGCGCUCCCAUCCUGCACCUUGAUGAGGUCUUUGCUGAUCCGCAUGUCCAGUCUCGCGACAUGGAGAUUCAGAUGAACUUGCCGGGUUUCAGUGAGCCCGUUUCACUCAUCGGCUCGCCCAUGAAGUUCUCCCGCACGAAGGUGGACUACCGCCUUCCCCCUCCGCGUGUUGGUGAGCACACAGAGCAAGUUCUGCUGGAUUCAGGCAUGUCCCAAGACAGGAUUGAGGAUCUGCAUGAGAUCGGUGCCAUCGACAAUGCCAAGUUUGAUGUUCCGGGUGUGGUCCGGCCAUUGGCGAAGAAGAAGCGCCGAGUUGUCGAGGUGAGUGACAGCCACCCCGCCUACCAAUUCAGAGGCAACACGUGGGGUCACAUCAGCUCGGUGUCAGAUCCUAGCGUGCUGCCACCUUCGCAAGACGUGGAAGAUGAAGAUCUUACUGAGUUGGACACGUUUGGUGGUGUUCUUCGAAGCAGCAUCGACGAUCCCGUCCAAGCCUUCCUCAAGGUUCGCGGGAGUGCUGAAGACCCAGACCUCAUGCCCCGCAAAUGA